CAGCUGCAUGAAGGAAUUGGUAAUCAGCCGGGUGGCACCGCCACCGUGAGAUCCCAGGCUCUGGCCUUGUCGUUACAACGACCUCGCCCAGGAUGCGUGGAGAUGAGACGCAUAUAAGCGGAUCACUCGCAAGACCGAGUCACGUCACACUCACGCGCGCGCAGGGACAGUGAAGGGAUCCUCUGCCAUGGCGAGAGCGGCGGCGCCCUUGCUCCCCUUCUUCUUCCUCCUGCUGUCGUCAACAUCGCCGGCGGCCGCCCAGAAGAAUCUCCUUGGCCGGACUCCCCAGAUGGGGUGGAAUAGCUGGAACCACUUCGGCUGCAAGAUAGAUGAGGUGAUAAUCCGAAAAAUAGCUGAUGCCAUGGUGGAUACUGGUCUUGCGAAACUGGGAUAUGAGUAUAUCAACUUAGACGACUGUUGGGCAUCUCAUGACAGAGACUCCCAGGGCAAUCUAGCUGCAAAUGGAACAGCAUUUCCAUCAGGAAUGAGGGCCUUAGCAGAUUAUGUGCACGGGAAAGGGCUCAAACUUGGACUCUACGGCGAUGCAGGACUGCGAACUUGCAGCAGACUGCAGCCCGGUUCGCUAGGAUACGAAGACCAAGAUGCGAGAACUUUGGCAGCUUGGGGGAUUGACUACCUGAAGUAUGACAACUGCAACAACCAAAACAUCAGCCCACUAACAAGAUAUAACAGGAUGAGUGAAGCCCUUAUGAAUUCUGGAAGGGACGUUUUCUUGUCCCUUUGCGAAUGGGGUGUGGAUGAUCCAGCGACAUGGGCAGGCAGCUUUGCAAACAGCUGGAGGACAACAGAAGACAUCAAGAACACAUGGGAAAGCAUGACGGACAACGCUGACAAGAACGACAAGUGGGCACCUUAUGCAGGGCCUGGUGGAUGGAAUGACCCAGACAUGCUGGAAGUAGGAAACGGGGGGAUGACAAUAGAAGAGUACCGUUCUCAUUUCAGCAUAUGGGCUCUAGUCAAGGCUCCUCUGAUACUUGGCUGCGAUAUCAGCUCAAUGAGCGCUGAAACCAAGGAAAUCAUCACCAAUCAGAAUGUCAUUGCAGUUAAUCAAGACAAACUUGGGGUACAAGGGCGCAAAGUGCAACAAGAUGGAGAUCUAGAAGUUUGGGCUGGUCGCUUAAGUCGAGGGAGAGUUGCUCUUGUGCUGUGGAACAGAGGGCCUGCUGAAGCAUCUAUUACUGCUAGUUGGAGCAACAUUGGUCUAAACCAAUCAGCUGUUGUAGAUGCUCAUGAUCUGUGGACAGAUGAGGUUACAUCAUCAAUGCAAGGAAACCUGACGAAUAAGAUGGAUUCUCAUGCUUGCAAGAUGUAUGUGUUGACCCCAAAAUAGAACAGUAUUCUCGACAUUGCAUAUUACUAUAAAAUAAUUAUUUCAAAAGUCUCAAAAGAUAACAAUGUAUUACCUUGGUAUGUGUACAUGCUGUGUCCAAACAUUGAUAGUGCUACAUC